AUGGAUUUAACAAUUAACAAAAAGCUAGAUGGACAGUUAGAAACAACAAUAUACAAAAAGCCCAGUUAUGCUGAGAAUGGUAUUCUUGAACAAAUUGACACUACUGAUGUCAUUAGUGUCAAUGUCAAUAGAGAAGACCCACCAUCGAAUUCACCUUUACCAUGUGUUGGUCAGUGUGGUUUGCCUGGUCAAUUUGGUCAUGAAUUUGAACGUGAUAACAGUGUUGCAGCUGUAUGCACUCAAUCUAUCUCUCACUCUGAAUCUGAUAAUAUGGUAGACGCGGAGACACUUUCUCAGAAACCAGAAGCACAAGCUGGUUCCAAAGGUGAUGACAAUUCCUUUUCCACUGACAUUGGGCAAUGGUCUGAAGUGGAAAUCAAUGAUACAUUCUGUAACUUUUGGGUAACUCGUGGCAGUGAAUGUUGUCAACAUUCAAAUGCUGACUUCACUAGUUCAAUGCAAAUUGAUGGAAAACAGAAGCGCUACUGCUCACAGAAUCUCUUUUAUCGUGUUCAUUCUCGCAAUGGUGAGAAAGUCCCAAGGUCAUGGUUGUGUUAUUCACCAGCAACAUCUCGCAUUUACUGCUUUGUAUGUAAAUUAUUUUCUGCUGAUGAUAAUUCAUUCUCAAGGAAUGGUUUUUGUGAUUGGAAAAAUGCAGCUUCACGAAUACAGUCGCAUGAAAACAGCAUUGCACAUAGAAAUGCAACAAUCACAUUCAGCCAAAGAGUACAAGUCAGAGGAUGUGUAGAUUCAGCAAUAGUUGAGCAAUACAGACAGGAAUGUGCAUAUGCAAAAUCUGUGCUAGAAAAAGUUGUCUCAGUUAUCAAAUUCCUUGCUGAAAGAGGGCUCGCAUUUAGAGGACAUACUGAAAUAUUGGGGUCAAGUUCUAAUGGCAAUUUUUUGGGAAUUUUGGAGUUAAUUGCUCAGUUUGAUCCAUUCCUCUCCAGUCAUAUUGACAACCAUGGUGGUAAGGGGAAAGGCUCUGUUUCAUACAUGUCAUCAACAAUUUGUGAUGAGUUAAUUGAUGUCAUGGGAAAGCAAGUUAUGAAAGCAAUAUUGUCUGAAAUACGUGGAUCAAAAUUUUAUUCGCUUUCUGUUGACUCUACUCCAGACAUAUCUCAUGUUGAUAGGCUGUCAUGUGUCUUUCGAUAUGUUUUGAACGAUGGCCCUAUAGAAAGGUUUGUGCAAUUUUUAAGCAUGAAAGGACAUGGGGCAGAAGAUUUGUUUCACAGUUUAUACAGCUUUCUGGAAGAAGCAAAUUUGGAUAUAAAAUAUUGCCGAGGUCAGUCCUACGAUAAUGCUAGCAAUAUGGCAGGAAAAUAUUCAGGGUUACAGGCACGCAUUCGAGAGAAGAACCCAUUGGCUGAAUAUGUGCCAUGUUUUGCACACUCCCUUAACUUAGUCGGUGCAUCAGCUGUAAACUGCGUGACAACAGUGAGUGGAUUUUUUGAUUUUGUACAAAACUUGUAUGUCUUUUUAAAUGCAUCGACCCAACGGUGGGAGCUUCUAACCAAAAGAUUGGAUAGUAACCAGUUAGUUCUAAAACGCCUUUCUGAUACUCGAAGGUCAGCACAUUCUGCAGCAACUAAAGCAUUGAGCAAAGGCUUUAAAAAUGUUAAGACAGUGUUAGAGAACAUUGCUGAGGACCCCGAGGAGAAGGUUGAAGCUCGCACUACAGCUGCAGGAAUUGCAAAGAAGAUGGAUUAUCCACAACUUGAUCUAAAUGAGGCUGUUCAACUGUUGACUUCACUAAAAGAAUAUGUAAAUUCACUUCGAGCACAGUUUGAUUUCUUUGAGAAGAAAGGAAAGGAAAUAACAGAGUCAACUUCUUAUAAAGAAGAGAAUCAGAGGAAACGAAAGCGAAGUGUUCAAUUAACCCGUCAUGAUGGAUCAGCUGAUGAAACAGUGUUUUCGGCAAAGCAGAAAUUUCGAGUCAUGGUUUUCUUGCCAGUACUUGAUCACUUGAAUUCAGCAUUAUGUAAACGAUCAGAGGCAUACAGUGGUGUAUGUGAUAAGUUUGGUUUUCUGAGAAACAUUCGAUCACUGGAACAGUCUGAUUUGCGAAGAGCCAGUAGAAACUUGAUAGAUACUAAUGUAGAUGAUUUGGAAGAGUCAUUUGAAGAUGAAAUACUUCACUUCAAAGAAUAUUUGUUAGCUGAUACGUACUUGCAACAGAAUGAGAAAGAACUGAAAUGUAGCAUAGAGCUGUAUAUGUAUCGGGCUUUGAGAAACAGCAGUGCACUACAAGAUAUAUUUCCAAAUGUUGCCACAGCACUUCACAUAUACCUCAGUUUGAUGAUCACCAACUGCAGUGAUGAAAGAUCAUUCUCUGCAUUGAAACGGAUAAAAAACUAUCUGCGAAGUGCUUUGGGUGAUGACAAACUGAAUUCCCUUACUGUUAUGUGUAAUCUGAAUCUGACAUCCUAA